AUUCGUUUGCGCACAUCCCGUCUCCCUCCUCGCCGCCAGGAAGCUCGCAUGCUGGCUCUCCUGCUACGUCCGCGACAACAUUGACAUCUCGCCCGGCUGUAGCCUGUGACACGGUCCAAUGUACGCUGCCGUGCGCCGUCGCGUCUCCGCGUUCUCGCUGAAGAAGACCGUCGCCUAUGGCUUGAAGACACCCUCUCGGAGACAGCUUGAGGCCUCCCGGCCUGCGCACAGACAGUUCACGACCUUCUUGACGUCCAACCACCUCCGUUCACGACCUCGUUAUGCCCCGUCUCCAGCUGCGCUGCGCCAUAUGCAUGUCCGCGCGCUCUCGUACUCGUCUAUCCCUAGAUUCGUGCUCCGGGCCUUCCGCGUCCCGAUUGCCACUGCUACAGUAGGUGCGGGUGGCGUCACGUACGCCAACUACAAGUUCGAAGAGUUCCGGAAGAAGUCUUCGGACUGGAUCUCGAGUGUGCAGGAUACAGCGACGGACCUGAUUGAUUCUGCAUCCGACGCUGUCAAGUCGGCAAAGUCCCUGAUCCCAGAAGUGAAGCUGCCCGAGUUCGAGACACCACAAUUUUUGAAGGACCUAUUCUCUGGAGAAGGUGCAGGCGGCGAGGGCAGUGGUAACGGUGGCAGGUCCGGAAGCUCAGGGAAGAAGCAGCCAGAUGGGGAUGACGCCACGGCGCUGGCUGCCAUGUUGGCUGCUACAACACUUUCCGCUUCGGACUCGAAAGCGAACGGCAAGGAUGAUGGGACAUCCGCAGACGCACGGCAGAACGGUCUCAUGCACCUCACAAAGAAACUCAUUGAAAUCAGGAGUAUGUUAAUCAGCAUCGACCAGAGUGACGCACUCAAGCUACCGAGCAUCGUUGUAAUCGGCAGCCAAAGCUCAGGCAAGAGCUCGGUCCUUGAGGCAAUUGUCGGGCACGAGUUCCUUCCUAAAGGAACCAACAUGGUUACUCGCCGUCCGAUCGAACUGACCCUCAUUCACACGCCUGGCGCUGCGGAGGAGUACGGGGAAUUCCCUGCUCUCGGACUUGGCAAGAUCACGGACUUCUCCAACAUUCAGAGGACGUUGACUGACCUCAACCUUGCCGUGCCCGCCUCGGAAGCCGUCUCAAACGACCCCAUUGACCUGCGGAUAUACAGUCCGCGUGUUCCAGACUUGACGCUGAUCGACCUCCCCGGUUACGUCCAGAUCGCGUCGAUGGACCAGCCUGAAUCGCUGAAGGAGAAGAUUGCGGGCCUCUGCGAGCGGUACAUCCGUGAACCGAACAUCAUCCUGGCGGUCUGCGCGGCGGACGUUGACCUGGCCAACUCGCCCGCGCUACGUGCAAGCAGGAAAGUCGACCCACUCGGCCUGCGUACCAUUGGAGUCGUGACGAAGAUGGACCUUGUUCCACCAACACAAGGUGCUGAGAUCCUCGCAGGCAACCGCUACCCUCUCCAUCUCGGUUACGUCGGCGUCGUCUGCAAACCGUCAGGCAAGAAGCCGCGCAACGAGUCGAGCGCGCUCGUCGCGAGACAAGCUGAAAGCGACUACUUCGGUGCACAUCGCGAGCAGUUCGGCAACAAGUCGAGCCUCAUGGUUGGCACGGACACGCUACGGCGCCGGCUCAUGGAGGUGCUCGAGUCGAGCAUGGCGUCGUCGCUACACGGCAUCACGAACGCGGUGCAACUCGAGAUGGAGGAGGCGCAGUAUCAGUUCAAGGUGCAGUACAACGACCGCCGCAUCACCGCCGAAUCAUACGUUGCGGAAACGAUGGACGCGCUCAAGGCGCGCUUCCGCGAGUUUACUGGACAGUUCCGCAAGCCGCACGUCCGCACGAAGCUCAAGGCGAUGCUCGACGAAAAGGUGCUCAACGUCCUCGAACAGCUCUACUGGUCAGACAAGCGGACGCCUGAGCUCACCGCGAUCGCGGCGGACCCGAAGGUGAAACCAGAGAACGUGGAGCCGUACUGGCGGUACAAACUCGAGGCCGCCUCAUCGCUGCUCACCAAGUCAGGCGUCGGACGCGACGCGACUCUCCUUGUCGCAGAUGGCCUCCGUGCGCUCAUCGACUCCAUCGCGGCGGGCGAACCGUUCACGUACCACCCGCGCGCGGCGGAGCGGCUCAUUCAGUUCUCGCACAUGCUCCUGCGCGACCGCAUCGGGAUCACGGCGGACCAGGUGGAGAACUGCAUCAAGCCGUACAAGUACGAGGUCGAGGUCGAGGCGCGCGAGUGGGAGCUCGGGCGCACGCAGGCGGUGGAGCUGUUCGAGAGCGAGAUGCGGAUGUGCGAGGACAAGCUGAAGGAUAUCAGGAAGCGCGUGGGCGGCAGCCGUCGCUUGACAAGCCUGAUGACGUACGUGAAGGGGAUAGAGGAGAAGGAGAGCGAGAGGAGGCGGAAGCGGUUAAGCGGGGUAGAGGAGGGUGACGCACCGGAUCUCAAUGGAGACGACUACCGUUACCCGCAGGGACAAGUCCUCGAUGGCCGACAUGCUAUUCUUUGCUCUGACAGGCUGAGCAUCCUCAAGCUCCGGCUUGCGGCGCUCAAGUCGAAGCGAUGCAAGGGCGGCCCGGAGAACGACGUCUUCUGCCCAGAGAUCUUCCUCAACGCUGUAGCAGACAAGCUGGCUUACACGUCAGCUAUGUUCAUCAACAUCGAGCUCCUCGAUCAUUUCUUCUACCAGUUCCCCCGCGAAAUCGACUCGCGCCUCCUCUACGACCUCGAUCGCCGAGAAAUUGUCGAGUUCGCUCGGGAGAAUCCCGCCGUAAGGCAGCAUCUUGAUCUCCAGGAGCGCAAAGACAAACUCGAGGAGGUCAUGAAACAGCUGAACAGCUUGGCCACCCUACGGCCAGAUGUCCAGCCCACCCCACGUCGAGCACGCGGCCUGUUUGGCAGUAUGUUCGACUAGAUAAUCUUGCGCCUUCGCUCAUAUUCUCGGAUUUGGAUACCAGUACUUACUGUAAUCACGACUGGGUUCGUCGCGUAUGCUAUCUCCAGCUCAAGCUCAAUCAUAUCAUACAUU